AUGCGAAAAUUGGACGACUCACCGGUGUCGUUCAGCCAGAGACUCUUCUACCUCUACGGUUACUCCACAGAACCAGAGAGCGAAAACAGUAAGCACGGAAUUCACAGCGCAGAUGCACAUGGCGAAGAGCUACGACGGCGAAACAAGGCGCGGCGCACACUAGAGGUAGCUCUCAACGAGGCCGGUGCCCAGGCCACCACCGACGCAGACAAGGGCACGGCGGCCGACUACGUGGUCAUCACAGAUGAGUGCUCGCCGGAGCAGCGGGAAAAAGCGCUGGCGCUGGGACUGCCAGUCAUCAACGAAUCAGUGGUGCUAGAGAAAAUACAGCAGCCCUCGGCUCUGAUUAUCAGCGGAGAGCCAGAUGCCAGCGUGUUUGCCGCCGUGGUGGCGAGCAAUAACCGGCUGCGCCCCAGCGUGUCGCUCGAGGGGAUGGCCAUACGGAAACUGCACGCUGCAGAUGCGAGCAAGGCGGCUGUGCGGCGGCGGCCGCGCGGCUCAGUAUCUAGCGCGAGCUCGAGCUCCAGCGAACUAGGCCACGGGCCGCUCGCUGGACCCAGCGGCAGCGGCCUCGGCGAUGACGAGUACCGCGAGCGACAGGAGUGGCGCGAUAUGCUAGCAUCAGCAUUGACUGGUGAGGUCGUGGACAACGAGAAGAAGCGGCUCAUCUCGCAGGGCGACAGCACGCCGAUGAUGGCCGGUAUCGGGCAGACCGGUGAUAUGAGCGAGCUUGUGCAGAACGUUGACUUCCAAUCGAUGCUGCGCAAGAUGCACGUGGAUAUGUGGCUCGGCUGCCGCGCGGCCAUCCGCGGGCGCACGCCACAGCAGGAGAAGCAGACGCUCGAGUCGCUGCGCGCCGUGCACGUCGACACGACGCUGCGCGCUGUGCUGGACUACAGCGCCGCGGCAGAGUGCGCCGCCGGCGGUCCCGUAGCCGAUCUCAGCGCGCGGUGCCUGGGCAGCCUGCAGAAGCUUCUGCGCCGCGUCGACUACGUCGAAGGCAUGUACCCGACGCUGAGCGCUCUGGGCGUGGCCAAGCCGACCUACGUGUUGCCCGAGUUCCAAAAGAAGCUUGAGACCAUCACGUCAUGGACAAACGUCGUUGUGCGGCUCGAGCUGCUGUUCAACAUGAUGCAGCGGUGGACCGGCAGCAGCGACCUGAGCCUGUUCUCGACGGCCGUGCACGGGGAAUAUGCCGGCAGCGGCGCCGUCGAGACACCGCCGACGCCGACGCCGAAGCAAGGCUUCAAGCACACGCCGUUUGUCGAGCGGCUGAUGAAGGAGAACGGCACGGGGGACAUCUUUGGCAAGCGCAUCCUGACCGAGCUCGAGCACGUACUCAUGUCGGCGCGCGCCGACAUGAUUGCCAAUGGCGGGCUGCUGACAGAGAUCGGCCUGCCGCUGUUCAACCGUCACAUGCAGGAGCUCCUGUGCUUUCCACCGCGGUUGCUGCGCACUUGGCUGCAGAUGCGUCUGCAGAGCGUAGAGAACCUCAACAACCCAGCGCCCGCGCAAGUCGACCAGCUCAUCGAGGAUAUCCGCGACUCGAUGGCGCUGGCCUGCCGCAUCAAGCGCACGUUCAAGACCUUUUCUGGGCCGACAGGGCUGUGGAACCCGGAGGUGCAGCUAGACGACGAGUACGACGCCACCCUGCGCAGCUGCCUCAAGAUGUACUUUUGGCUCCUGCAGCGUAAGCUGCAGCUGACCAUCAGCCGCGGCAUCACGAAGGAGUUUGAUAUUCUCGAGAGCCAGUGGCCGUUCCUGGUCGAGGUUGUUCGCGACAUUGAUGGCGGGCCGUACGAGCUGGCGCUGCGGUACUGCCAGCAGACGCGGCACCACGUGCGGGAGUGGACGCGCAGUCUGGCGGGCAUGCUCCGGGGCCCGUCCGGGUACGAGACCAUGGGGUCGCGCGAUUUGUCCAAGUGGAUCGGCAACGUGCUCCAGCUAAUCCGCACGCCGAUCCUCGGCGGCCAGCGGCUGAUGCGUGCGCUCCAGGGCGCUGUGGUUAAUGCUGCCGACUACGUCUUUGCCAAUGCAUACCAGCUGCUCGCGCAGCUGGUCGACACCAAGCACGUGCUUGUAUACACUUCCGGCGACUGGGAGGCCCGCGGGGUCUACGUCGUCGGCAGCCCGGCGCUGCUCGAAAAGCCACAUAUGGCGAGGGAGCUGCUGGCCUCGUGCAUUGUCGAUGACAGACUUACCACUCAGGAGCACGCGCACUGCUAUCUGCUGGUCAUCCGCACUGAAGCAGAGUUCAACUGGACUGGUGCCACGAUUGUGCCUGAGGGCGGUAUUCCGGUGCAGGAUCUGCAGCUGAGGCCCGGCCAGAUGCGUUUGAUCUCGCCGGGCAUCUUGCGUCUGGCCGCGCAUCGCGACUUGCUGGUGCAUAUUGGAGUUGCUGAGAAGAUUGCGCCCGGGGAUUGUGGUACGUCGGCGACCGACGCUGUCAUCGGGGAGUACGUGAGGGGCCGGCAGAGCCGUCUUCGUCGGCGACAGCAGCACCAGCAGAAUAAGCAGCAGAGUCAGCACCACCACCACAGACAGCCUACAAAAAGCAGCAGAAACAUGUUUGAAGAUGACGAAGACGACAACACAGGAAAUGGCGGUGACGAUGAUGGCGACGAGCUCGGCAGCGAUGGCGACGGGGAAGACAAGGACGACCAAUACGAGUACCUGUUUGAAGACACCAACAAAUUCUUUGCGGCUCUGCGGCCAAGCAUGAGUCUGAGCAAACACAAGCUGAAGCGCGCGUCGACAGCAGGGCAGCACGGGCUGUCUGCAUCGGGCAGUGGAGGCGGCGGGCCGCGGCCCUUGGCGCCAUCGGCCCACGUGUACGAGCUGGCACGGCCGCAUGACCCCCUUGUGCAGAAAGAGUGGUCGCUGCUCAAGUACGAGAUCGUGCGCAUAUUCGACGCGCUGACCCAGGUGCCGGACAUGCUGCGCACGCUGCACCUAGACGUACACGAGCGCGAGUUUCACGAGAAGCCCGAUGCGGACCCGACGUGCCACGGCGGCAACUGCGAUCUGCUGGAUCUGGUGCAGGACAACUUUUGGUUUGCGUCCAACACGGCGCUGCGCGGGUCGCGGUUUCUGGACCUCAAGUCUGAGCGCUGCGUGCGCGCGGCCCUCGCGCGCAUGUGCGUCGGCUGGUGCGGGUUCAUCGCCGAGGACUGCCAGGCCAGCGAGCAGCGCACGUUCCGGUGGGCCGUGCAGGCGCUGGAGUUCACGCUGCGGCUGGGCCGGCACAGCAGUACUCUGCAGACCCUGCCGCGCGCCGACUGGCUGCAGAUCAAGUCGCACGUGGCCGGCUGCUUGACGCUGAUGAUCAGCCACUUUGACGUCCUGGGAGCACGCACGGCCGCGGCUCGGCGGCUACAGCGCAUGAGCCAGAGCUCGGAGCUGCAGCUCAACGACCCCAACUCGUUGCUGUCUCUGGACGGCAUCGGCGCCAACUUCCGCACCCAUAUGAUGCAGCGCCAGCGGGUGAACCAUGCGCAAAAGGCUGAUGAGCUGCGCGACCAGUUUUUGGCGUCGGAGAAACGAAUUGGCCGUGUGCUUGAGGUCACGGCGCGCCCCGAGGACCGCACCUUGCGGCUGCUGGCGGCUUCGUCCAGCAAUAUUACGCUGCGCUGGCAGAUAGGCCGCUACAUUGGCGGUGGCGCCUUUGGCUCGGUGUACGCCGGGUACAACCUCGAUACGGGUGAGAUGAUGGCUGUCAAGGAGAUCCGGCUGCCGAGCCGGGGCCUCAACCAGGCGCCGUCCGAGUCGGACAUGGGCUUGAAGAUUGUGCGCGAGAUGGAGAUCCUGUCUGUGCUGCAGCAUCCCAACAUUGUCACAUACUAUGGUAUUGAGGUACACCGCGACAAGGUCUACCUGUUUAUGGAGCUGUGCACCAGGGGCAGCCUGGCGCAGCUGAUCCGUGACCAGGGCCGCUUUGACGAGGACAUGACCAAGGAGUACGUUGUCCAGAUGCUGCGCGGCCUCGAGUACCUGCACAGCUUCGGCGUAUGUCACCGCGACAUCAAGUGCGACAACACGCUGCUGGACGAGGGCAUGAACAUCAAGCUGGUCGACUUUGGUGCCGCCAAGAUUCUCGACAAGCAGUCUAUAGCGGUUACACGCCGCUCGGUCAUUCCCCCCGAAGCAAAUGCCGUUGCGUCACUGACUGGCACACCCAAGUACAUGGCACCCGAGGUCAUCCUCAGCAGCAACGGGGGGAGCACCGUUGCCGGGCGCAAUGGCACCGAGACCUUGCGCCCAGGCCGCCUGGGCGCGCAGGAUAUUUGGUCUCUCGGAUGCUGCAUUGUCGAGAUGGUCACCGGCUCGCCACCCUGGGCGCACCUAGAUAACGACUGGUCAGUCAUGUACCACGUUGUUGCUGGAAACAUGCCCAUGCCCGAUUCCUCGGCCAUCAGCCCCGAGGGCAUGCGCUUUCUCCGCCGCUGCUUUGCGCGCCAGCCUGCCGAUCGGCCAGAGGCGUCCGAGCUCCUGCGUGAUAAGUGGAUUAUUGGAAUUGUCCGCUUGAUGGAACGCCGCGGAUCGCGCAGUCAGACCGCGAGCAGCAGCCGCCAGGCGCCCAGCGACAGCGAACGGGAAGAUUCCCUCAAUACGCCGAAUAAUGCCGACCAGUUCUCCAGCGAGGUGCCCACUGAAGAUACCGCGCAGCCUGGCCAUUCGUUCAACUCGCUGAGCUCCACCGGCUCGCAUUUGCACAUGCCUGGUCGGUCGCGCAAUUCCAGCUUCAAUCGCAAGAAUUUGUCUGGCGAUCUGCGGUUCACAAACUCGUUGGCGGGGCCCAGCGCCGAUGUGAUGCUAUCCAUGAUGGAGCGGUCGGGUGAGAGCGGGUCCAGCAGUUUGGCGCUGUCGGCAGGUGGUGAUCGCAGCCCCAGCGUGGCAGGGGGAUUGCUUGUUCCUGCAGGAGGCGCCAAGGGGCUGAUGUCGCAUAUGCACUCGUCGUACAACAAUGUUGGCACAAUGUCGCCGCUGGCGCGCACACCAGGGAGCCCCCAUUCGACGACGUCGGCGCAUGCGUCGGCGUGGCCUUUUAACAAGGAACUGGGUGGCACGGGGUUGGCCACCACGCAGGCUACUAUUGCAAAUACCGCGACCGGUGGUGGUAUUGGGCUAGGUCCAGAUGCGAAUUACCCGCUCACCUCGAGCGGUAGCCAAUCCGGCCAGGCCCACGGCAUUGGCAGCUUUGGCAACAACGCCAGCGCUGCCAACAGUGUUGGCACUAGCUCAAUAUCAAACGGCCUGGCCACGAGCGAGGAGUUGGCGGCGAUUUACUCCCACCCAUCAGUCAUCUACCAGACCCUAAGCGACACUGCCACUGACAUGGGCUCUCCCGUAGGACCCGCAGGAGUGUCCCAAUUUGCAAUAACCAACACACCCUCAGCCUUUGUGUCCUCACCUGACAACAUGUUGCCAUCAACCUUAAAGCAGCUGUCCAGCGAUCAAAUCCAGGACCUCUCCGAUACUACACGCAAGGCAUUAUCGGCUAUGCUCAGCUUGCCACUGGAGGGCGCCGACGUUGCUGGCGUGUCCGGGUGGCUGGGUGAGGGCAACACGCCAAUGGAAAUGUUUGAUGCCGAGGAGGUCAAGGAGACCGUCGCUACUACGAGCCAACUGAUUAUGCGGCAGAGGGAGCAGCAGUUGAGGCGGCAGCAGCAGGAGCUGCGGUAUGUUAUGCAUCGCCAGCAGUCACAGAAAAUUAUUAAGAGCUCUGGAGGCUUGCGAAUGGGCGAGAAGAGCGCGCUAUCAGAUUAUGACGUUACUUUGCUGCAGCAGCUGCAGUCUAAGGAGGAGGACAUGGUACCUGGUGAUGCGGAAGGAGAGUCGCCGGCUAAGGACAGCAUCAAAGCCGAGCACAACAAGCUCUUGGUGAAGCUGGCUAAUAUCUUUGAGCGGCAGAAGGGAAAGUCUAUGGCGGAGAUCAGCGAUGGUUUUUAUGGCUCGGUUUGUCUUACCACCACAGGAGCAAUCACUGCGAGCACUACCCUGUAG